AUGGGCCAUUCUCGGCUGCUUUCUCUGCUCGCUGGGCUGGUGGGCGGUUCUCUGGCGCAUACCAGCUCCGUCGACAUCCCGUCCAACCUGAGCACGCGUGCUCUGGUUCGAGAUGCGUACGGCUACUCUGUCGAGCCUGUCUGGCUCAGCUCGUUCACAAACACCAGCCUGAUGACCACGCUCCUCCAGCAGAUGGCCGACGUCACGGGCAAGGCACCUCCUAUCCGCAUAGGAGGCACCACGAGCGACGAGACAACGCUCUACAACACCAGCCUCGCGGGCAACCUCACCUCCAACGGGACCUCGCAGUUCAACAUCACCUCGGGCUGGUACACCUCCUGGGCAGACUACUUCCCCACGGGAACGGAUGUCAUCUACACACUCAACUUCGCGGCCAACGAGAGCGACUGGGCCAACGCGCAGGCGGAGGCGGCGGCGGUGGGGGCCGCGCUGGGCGACAAGCUGGUCAUGUUCGAGCUGGGCAACGAGGUGGACCACUUCAUCAGCGAGGACUGGCGGGCUCCGGGAUGGGGAGUCGCAGAGUACAUCCCGCAGUUUGACAACCUGACGGCGAGCAUACAGGGCGCAGCGUGGUACGAGGAGGCGGACACGGCGGCGCCCAAGUUCCAGGCGGCGGUGUUUGCGGACCCGCCGUGGGUGCCUGACCAGCAGACGGAGAUUGACGACUUUGACAUCAUCAAUCUGACCAGGGGCGGGCUCGUGGACCCGGAGCACAACGUCAUCGAGACGUACUCGGUGCACCUGUACCCGCAGUCGACAUGCGACACGGAGCGCUGGCUGCGGAUGCGCCUGGACCUGCUCUCGAACCACACGGUGCUCUGGCUCAACGUGUCGCAGUACGUGCCGCAGGUGGCGGCAGCAGACGCGUACGACACCCCUCUGGUCUUUGGCGAGACCAACAGCGUGUCGUGCUCGGGCCGUUCGGGCAUCAGCGACACCUUUGGCGCGGCGCUGUGGAGCACAGACUACGUGCUGCUGGCCGCGAGCAUCGGCAUGCCCAAGGUGUAUUUUCAUCUCGGGGCGCAGAGCCAGUACAGCGCGUUCACGCCGGAGCCGUACGUGCUGGACAACGAGACGCUGACGAGCGGGAUCCGGGCCAACUUCUACAGCCACUACUUCAUCGCGCAGGUGGUUGCGGGGCUUGGCGACGAUGACGACUACGGCAUUGCGGCGCUGCCUGGGGCAAACUCGAGCGACCUGAGCGGGUACGCCGUCUACCGGGGCACCGACCUGGCCAAGGUGGUGCUGCUCGACAUGGGCGUGUGGAACGGCACCGCGGGGCUGAGCAACCCGAGCACGCUGAGCAGCACCGACGGCACCGUCUUCAGCAACGGGACGAGGCCCAGCUACAACAUGAGCGUGGCGACGUCGUGGUCGCCCGGCGAGAGCGUCCAGGUCAUCCGCCUCCAGGGGCCCGGCACCAACGCCAAGAGCCUGGUGAAUGUGUCGGGCGUGACCUUUGAUCCCGUCACGGGUGACAAGCUCGGCAACCUAACGGAGGAGUAUAUCAAGGUCGGCCAGGGGGGUGUGGUGCAGUUUGGGCUGGUAGAGGCGGAGGGUGUGCUGCUGCAGGUUGUCAAUAACACCACCACCACCACCAAAGUGCCAAGAGUCUCGUCUUGA